AUGGGUAUAGUCCAUGACUUAAUAGCCAUGUUUUUCAAGCUUGUUAUGGUCAUACUAGUAAGCCUAGCAGCAGCUGAAGAUCUCAAUUUCACCUACAAUGGUUUCCUGUCUGCUAAUCUUAGCCUAGAUGGCAGAGCCCAGGUCACAUCCAAUGGCCUUCUGAAGCUUACAAAUGACGCUGGAAAUGGCACUGGCCAUGCCUUCUACCCCAACCCAGUAACCUUCAAGAACUCAUCCAAUGCUACCGCUUUCUCCUUCUCUACCACUUUUGUGUUCGCUAUCAGACCCGCAUUCGGACUGGGUGCCCAUGGAAUUGCCUUUGUCAUUGCUCCGACAAGAGGGCUCCCCAGCGGUUUUCAACACCAGUACCUGGGCGUUUUCAAUGGAACCAACAACGGCAACGUCAACAACCAUAUUUUUGCUGUAGAGCUUGACACCAUAGAGAACAUCGAGUUUGGUGACAUCAACAACAACCAUGUUGGGAUUGAUAUCAAUGGUUUGCGCUCAGUGAAGUCAACUCCAGCGGGAUAUCAUGCUCUAAACAAUGGCGGUUUCCGAAACUUGACCCUCAUCAGUGGUCAACCAAUGCAAGUUUGGGUGGAGUAUGAUGGUAUCCAGAAGCAAAUCAAAGUCACUUUGGGUCCAAUCAAUGUUGAUAAACCCCAUAUUCCACUCAUGUCUUUGAAGUAUGACCUUUCCACGGUCCUUAAUACGACCAUGUAUGUUGGCUUUUCCUCUGGCUCAGACUUCACAUCUCAUUAUGUUCUAGGAUGGAGCUUUGAGAUUAAUGGCCAGGCUCCAGAACUUGUUCUCUCACAACUUCCUAAGCUGCCCCGGAUAGGACGUAAAAAAAUAUCUAAUUUUUUGACCGUUGGUGUGCCUGUGAUGUCUGUGAGUUUGGUUUUGCUAGUGGUUUCAGGUUUAAUUUAUUUCAUAAGAAGGAAGAGGAAGUUUGCAGAAUUACUUGAAGAUUGGGAGCUUGAGUAUGGGCCUCAAAGGUUUAAAUACAAAGACUUAUAUAUUGCCACAAAAGGAUUUAAGGAGAAUGAGCUUUUGGGGACUGGGGGUUUUGGUAAAGUCUAUAGAGGCAUAUUACCCUCCUCAAAAAUUGAGAUUGCUGUGAAGAAAGUCUCACACGAAUCGCGACAGGGGAUGAAGGAAUUUGUUGCAGAAAUUGUGAGUAUUGGCAGGCUUCGUCAUCGAAAUUUAGUCUCACUCUUGGGCUAUUGCAGAAGAAAAGGGGAGCUGCUCUUGGUCUAUGACUACAUGCCUAAUGGAAGCUUGGACAAGUACCUCUAUGACCGCCCUACGGUCACUCUCAAUUGGAGCCAGAGGUUUAGAGUGAUCACAGGUGUGGCUUCAGGGUUAUUCUAUCUUCAUGAAGAAUGGGAACAAGUUGUGAUUCACAGAGAUGUGAAGGCCAGCAAUGUGUUACUUGAUGGUGAAUUGAAUGCAAGGCUAGGAGAUUUUGGCCUUGCAAGAUUAUAUGACCAUGGAACAGACCCUCAAACUACGCAUAUAGUUGGAACACUUGGGUAUCUAGCUCCAGAGCAUAUAAGAUCAGGCCGGGCCACAACGAGCACCGAUGUGUUUGCUUUCGGGGCAUUUUUGCUCGAAGUAGCUUGUGGAAGAAGGCCAAUAGAGGCACAAGGUCCAGACCAGGAUUUUAUUUUGGUUGAUUGGGUGUUUUCUUUUUGGAACAGAGGUGCCAUUCUUGAGGCAAGAGAUCAAAACUUGAGUUCUGAAAUUGUAGCCAAGGAGGUGGAGUUGGUGUUGAAGCUUGGGCUGUUGUGCUCUCAUUCAGAGCCUACAGCCAGGCCAAGCAUGCGCCAGGUUGUGCAGUAUUUGGAAGGUGACAUUGCUUUGCCAGAGCUCUCUCUUCUUGGGUUCUCUUCAAAUGGCUUGAUUUUUGCUCACCAUGAAGGUUUUGAUGAUUUUGCAAUGUCAUAUUCGUCCUCUCCGGGCAAGGGGUUUUCACAUUCAUCUUAUGCUGCAGAGUCCGCAUGCCUCUCAGGUGGUCGCUGA